AUGUUAUUUAAUAGAACUGUUUAUUUUGUUUUCAGGUAUGUUAAUGGUCUGUAUACGGAUUAUUACAAAUUUAAAGGUUUGAAUAUCAAGCAAAAAGCUGAACAAUUGAAAGCUUUGCUGAAGGAUUAUGAUUACGAAAAAGUUAUAGAAUUUUUUAGGCCUGGUGAGAAGAACACGUGA